AUAUAGUUAUAUCGUUAUGAUUAUAAAAAAGCUGCCAACUGAAAUACAAUCUCUUUUAAAUGGUUCUUCUAAAAUUAAUAACUACAAAAAUGCUGUCGAAGAAUUGGUCUAUAAUUCACUAGACGCCGAUGCUACUUCGGUUGCCGUGAGAAUUCAUAUCUAUGAGAGUGUCAUACAAGUCAUUGAUAAUGGUUUUGGAAUUGCGAAGUGCGAUAUUCCCCUCUUGGGAGAGAGGUACGCCAGUAGCAAAAUUACCGACAAAUCGUCAUUUAAAAGUGCUCCUGUUAAAUUUGGAUUCCGAGGCGAAUCUUUAUCGAACAUUAUUGAAGUAUCGGAGAGUGUUAAAAUAACAACCAGGCAUAAAGAUAGGGAUGAAACAUGGGUUAAAAUCUUUUAUAAAGGACACCACAAAAAUAGUCAAGUAACUUCAAUGAGACCUUCAAAAGGAACAACAGUAGAAAUUAAAGGGUUUCUCUACAAUUUGCAUAUUCAGAAAAGAGCUACAAAUCCAUUGAAAGAAUUGCAAAAUAUUAAAUUACUUCUACAACAACUGUCACUAGUAAAUACAAAUGUUUCAAUAAGUCUCCGUGAUGACUCUAAAAAUGAAAUCUUAUUUAAAGUACAUAAAAACAGAGAUGUAUAUCAAACUCUAUAUUCAGUAUUUGAAAUAGAUAAAAUAGAUCUCCAAGAAUUACAGAUUGAAAAACAUCAAUAUAAGGCAAUAGGAUUUAUUAGUAAACAAAAUACUAAUAUAAGUUCAUACCAAUGGAUAUAUUUAAAUGGAAGAUUUCUCAAGAAAUGUCAUCUUCAUGAUAUAAUAAACAACAGUUUUAUAAAAAAUAAACAACUUUGUAGAAAUGUGAAGACUAAGAAUAUUUUUCUUGAUUUCGAGAAGAACUUGCAAAAAAAUGAUAUACCCACAUAUUUUAUAUUCAUAACAUGUCCUUAUUUAGACUAUGACAUAAAUAGAGAUUCAACAAAAACAAUUACAGAAUUCAAAAAUUGGAAACAAAUUAGGGAGUUGUUGGAAAAAUUAGUCCAAUUCUACAAAGGUGAUAUAAAAUUGAACAAAUUAGAAGUAUCUCAAACUGAAAGAAAAAACAAAAUCGAAAAUACACGAGAAGAAGUGAGGAAAAUUAUAGAGAAAGUAUUGGGGAAUAAAACUAAAGGUCAUGAAAUAUCACAAUUACGAAAAGGUGUUAAAGGUAAGAUAGUGAAGAAAAAGAAAAAUCUAAAUUCAAGCAGCAAGAAAGGAUUUAAAAAAAUGCAUAAAGUAGGUAAAAAAAUCAAAGAAACUGAUCACAAUCCCAAAGAAAAAUUAUCUGCAUUAAUAGAAGCUCCUAUAAGCAUGAAUUUUCAAGUACCAAUUAAGAAUACUGAAAAUGCAAAUAAUCUUAUUGUUAAGAGAUUCUUUGAAAGUAUUAAAGUAAAGGGAAAAAAUAAACCUAAGCUAAAAAUUGAGCCCAAAAUUCAGCAAAACAAGAAAGAAAAGUCGGUUGAUACUCAUACAAAUAAUCAAGAAUUAGCAGACCUAGGUUACCUCAGUAAUUUUAAGGAAAAUACAUCUUUAGUUAUAGAAGAUACAGCAAAAGAUAACAAUUUACUUGUUGCUCGAAAUAAAAAGACAUCCAUAAAAGAUAUAUCAUUUAAAAGGAAAAGGAAAAAGCAAAAAAUCGAUCCUAUAAUGAAGCAAUACACGCAAGAAACUGCAUUAGAAAUGUAUAGUGAGAAAGUAAAGAAAAAGAAAAGAAAGAUAAAUGAAAUAAAAGAUAAAAAUCCUUGCAUGUUUGAUGCGAAAGGAGAUGCAUCUUUUCUUCAAAAUGAAAAUAAUAUUCAUACAUUCUAUGAGCACAAAUUAGCAUUUAAUGGCAUUACGCCUUUAAAUAGAGUUGGAAAAGAUUACCUAAAAUCAGGUGAUCUUUUAAACACAAUUCUAAAUAGCCAAAAAGUCUAUAGUGAAGAAAAUAUUGUACAAUUCAAAAGGCCUUACAAAAACCAAAAUAAGUUCUAUGAGAAAAGAACACUCCAUCAAAAAAAUUGCAUCCAAUCUAUUGAAAGAGGAAACAAUGAUAUUGUAAAUGAUACAGUCUAUAGAAAUAAUGAUCAAUUUCCCGAUAUUGAUUAUAGUACUUAUAUAAGAAAACAAACUGAUAAUUUGCGAAACAUACAAAAAUGUUUUGAAAACAAAUACAACAAUAUUGAAAGAGAUAUCAUCCACGUCCAAAAUGAAUGGGAACUGACUUCAAAUUUAGACCAAUAUGAUAGGCAUAAUGAUAGAAAUACACACAUUAAUGGAAUAGAAACCAACUUUUCAACAACACAUAUUUACAAAUCGUUUCCUAAACUGACUUUCGAAAGCCAUAAAUAUAAUUUAAAUGAUGCUAUGAUGCGAAAUAAUAAGCUAAAACGAUUUAUUAGUAAGCAAUCUAAAGACAAUUUCAAUCUCCACAAUAAUCAGCACAACAAUGUAACACCAAUUAACAAAUCUCAUUUUAAACAACAUUACAACAACAGAAGUAAAAGAAAAAAAUUAAAUAAAAAUCCUUAUUUAGAGCCAACAAAAAAAGUGCCUUAUUAUGAACAUAAAUCUUCACAUACGAUUGAAUUUUCUACUAAUAUGUACAAUGCCAACAAAAAUACAAGCUUAGAACAAUGGAAGUACAAAAUAACAGGCAAUGUACAAAAUACAUAUACAAUUAUAGACUCAAAUGUAUCAUUAGAUAUAGAAAAUUACCUAAACAAUUUAAAUACCAAUGCAACACUUAAUCAGGAAUCUGUAGCUUCAUAUCUCAGAUACAAUUUAAGUUCAGCAAAAUUAAUUGAAAAAGAAACGCAUCAAGACCCUACCGUAAUACAGAACUUAGAAGAAAAUAAUUUAGAAGUGAACAUUUUAAACUCUAAAAUGCCAGCAUUCAAUUUCACUGAGAAAAGUGAUAACCAAAUAGAACCUAUCAACUUAUGUGAAGCUGUUUAUUUUAAUAAUGAAGUCAAUAUGGACAAAGAAAAAACAAUUCAAGACAACGUUAAUUAUUUAGCUACUGGAAAUAAUACAGGACAUGUUUCUAAUAAUUCUCCGUCUUAUAAAAACGACGUAUUGUCACGGUAUUUUCAAACUAUCGAAAAUAUCCAAAAUUUAUCUUUAAAUGACUACCCUAAUAUAUUAAAUAGAGAGCAAAGCGGUAAAAAAAUAAAUCAACUCGACGAAAAUCAAAACGAUAAUUGUCCUGUAGUAGAUAUUGCUGAUAAAUCAGGUAACGUAAUUACUGAAGAAGUAAUAUCAAGCCAUUUUCAAACAGUACAAAAAGAUCAAAUAUUGCAAAUGGGUAAAUCAAAAAAUUUGUUCAGUAGCGAAGAAUAUAGUAAAGAAAAAAAGAAUGUUGAGGAAAGACAACAAAAUGAAGAUUCUAAUUUAGUUGCAAACAACACAAGGAUUGAGAAUGGAUGUAAUAUUAUUGAGGUAAAAAACAAUAAUGUAAUCAAUGAGAAUCAAAACAUGGAUACAGAAAAUUCAAAUAAUAGUGAUACUGUUAAAUCUAGUAAAGAUGAUGAAAAAAUAAUAAGUAUUGAAGAUAAUCAAUUAAAAAAUAAUGAAUUACAAAUUGUAGAGGAGAAUGCUGAAAUAAUGCCAAAUGCUGGUAAUGAAAAACGAAAAAUUACUGAAAAUUUUAAAUUACAACGCAGACAUAGUUUUGUACCUAAAGGAAUGUCACCAAUAUUUGAAAACUGCAACAAUAAAAAUAUCUGCUCAUACAAUUUAGAGACAGAUUAUUUUCAAGAUGAUCUUUAUAACAAUUUUGCAAAUGAUGUACUGGACAAUAUAAAAAUAUAUGAAAAUAAAGUUUCAAACAUGAGUGAAGUAACUAAAAAGAUUAACAAAGAUCCGAAUUGUUUAAAAUUUAACACACAAUCUCUUAAGGACGCAAAAGUAUUCGGUCAAGUUGACAGGAAGUUCAUAUGCGCAGAAUUAAAAAGCGAAAAUAUCAAUAUGAAACAUUUGGUAUUAUUUGACCAACAUGCUGUUCACGAAAGAAUUUCACUGGAAGAGAAUUUAUCAGAUUAUAAAGAUGUUGACCAAUGGCAUAGUAUAAAUUGUGAAACAAUCUCAUUGAAGCUUUCUAAAGACGAUGUUCUUUACCUCAACAAUUUUAGAGAUAAAUUUAAACAAUUUGGUCUAGAUUGGAAAAUAGAAAGCGAUUCUUUAAUCACUAUUAAUGCUGUACCCAAAGCUUUAUUUGGAAAAUAUUGUAGACAGGCUGACGUCAUAAUACAAUCUAUUAAAAAGCUAAUCUUAGAAGAAAUUAAAGCAAUAAAAUCUCAAGGAGGUAACACUUUGUUGUAUCCAAAAUCAAUUAUGGACCUUGUGUAUAGUGAGGCUUGUAGAUAUGCAAUAAAAUUUGGAGAAAAACUAUCGAAGAGGGAAUGUGCAACACUCAUCAGUACUCUAUCUAGCUGUAGGACGCCAUUCCAGUGCGCGCACGGCAGGCCAGUGCUCGCUGUGCUGGCGGAUGUGACUACGUAUGACUAUGAGUAUAAGGUGGAUAAGUCUAAAAUCUUAAAAUUUAGAAAUAAAAUGGCAUAA